AUGAUAAAGACAUUGUACAAAGAAGUGCCUGAGGCGUUUAGAGCCCAGCCUCCAGGGUACCAGGCAAGCCAGUUGAACGGAAAUAGCAGCUCAGACACGUUGGCGGCCGUGAAGGGCCCCUGCGAAGACUGCGUCGGGUUCAAGGAAGAUAUCCUGCAGAAGCGUUGGAAAGAUGCAUUUCUCGGCAGACGCAAAAAGCAACGGGAUGGAACGAUAACAAGGGUCUGGCAGAUGAGGCCCUGGCAUUUGAUCGACCGGCGGAUGAGAUCCAAGAUGAAUGAUACUGAGCUCGCAGGUAGCGAAAAUUCUCAGAGGGUUCUAGCCGAAGAGGCCGUUGUCUGA